AUGAAGGCAGACAGACAACAGCACAGGGAGAGACUGGGGCAGACACGGAGGAAGGCAGACAGACAACACAGGGAGAGACGAAGGCAGACACAGAGGAAGGCAGACAGACAACAACACAGGGCAGAGACGGAGGCAGACACAGAGGAAGGCAGACAGACAACACAGGGCAGAGACGGAGGCAGACACAGAGGAAGGCAGACAGGCAACACAGGGCAGAGACGGAGGCAGACACAGAGGAAGGCAGACAGACAACAACACAGGGCAGAGACGGAGGCAGACACAGAGGAAGGCAGACAAGCAACACAGGGCAGAGACGGAGGCAGACACAGAAGAAGGCAGACAGACAACAACACAGGGCAGAGACGGAGGCAGACACAGAGGAAGGCAGACAGGCAACACAGGGCAGAGACGGAGGCAGACACAGAGGAAGGCAGACAGACAACAACACAGGGCAGAGACGGAGGCAGACACAGAGGAAGGCAGACAGGCAACACAGGGCAGAGACGGAGGCAGACACAGAGGAAGGCAGACAGGCAACACAGGGCAGAGACGGAGGCAGACACAGAGGAAGGCAGACAAGCAACACAGGGCAGCGACGGAGGCAGACACAGAGGAAGGCAGACAUACAACAACACAGGGCAGAGACGGAGGCAGACACAGAGGAAGGCAGACAAGCAACACAGGGCAGAGACGGAGGCAGACACGGAGGAGGGCAGACAGACAACAAUACAGGGAGAGACGGAGGCAGACACAGAGGAAGGCAGACAGACAACAACACAGGGAGAGAAGGGGGCAGACACGGAGGAAGGCAGACAGGCAACACAGGGCAGAGACGGAGGCAGACACAGAGGAAGGCAGAUAGAGACUGACACAGAUGGGGAGAGAAAGUGGGGAUGUAUGAAGAGAAGGGGUGGUCCAGGUGGAGAGGGAAUGACAGAGAAGCUUCGGGAUCCUGGUAAGGGCAGUAGCACUCCACGCUGCAAAUCUUUUGACCAUGUGGAGUUACAGUUGACUAAGCCGCGUCUGGGAACAUCCCGUGCCUGGGUAGCUAUGCCUACUCAGCCCCUCUCAGAACCAGGCGCUCCUUGUGUGCUCGCUCGAGUUGCAGUCAAGGACCUCACUGCAUUACAGAUCAGCGUUUGCUCUAGCCCAGCAAAGACACUCACAAUAGCUGCCGGUGCGAGGACACAUGAGAAUGUGUGGGUCGGCGGGAGUGACGAGACAGUGGAGGGCGUCUGGAUCUGGAAUAAUGGCCUCCUGAUGCCCAUGGGACCCCCUUUCUGGGGUUAUACCAAUAACUACACAAGCGAGCCAGGUGGAGAAAGACGCCAGAACUGUGCCGUCAUUUUCGCAAAGGAUCUUUAUCUUCACGACAUAGAGUGCACAGAAAAAGAGGCACCUCUUUGCCAGUUGAAAACAAGAGAUAGCAAUGUUAACACUUUGCAAUGAUUUUGCAACAGAAAAGAAGCAAAGUCCUAAUCCGAAUGCAAUCAUAGACAUUCAAAACGCAGAAAAAUAUUAAGCGUAAACCAAGCUGUAAGCUUAAUGUAGGGCUUAUGCUGCACAUGCAACGCUCUAAUUAACUUAAUAUGUUUGGUCCCCUUUUUACACAUAUAUAUAUAUUAUCAGUAAAUAAUUUAUGUUUGUUGAAAUUAAAUCCUAAAAUAUUUAUCUAAAUUACGAAAGUCAUGGUUCGUUGAUAAAUUCAAAUACAAGUUUCAAUUUGUCUCUUAAUCUGCACCUUGCGAGACUGAAAAUUAUCAACUUCUUUAAAGAACUUUAUCCAGUUACAUUUUAACUUGAGCUUAAUUUUCUGCAAUGAACAAAUGGUAAUUAGAUAAUAUUUUGUUUUUAAAUAUGUCAGGAAAAUCUGUGAGCUCCACUUUCUGUACAACAAAUUUAACAUAUCUCAUCACUCUAUACACAGUUCCUUAGAGUAUAUAAACUGAGGGCUUACUCGACCUACAUAUCAGGACUAAAGUAUAUUGCUGAUUGACCAGUUAAUUUUUUGUAGCCUUAUUAGAAAUCCAGAGGUUGAUGGGACCUGAGUCAACACCAAACCAACUUGAGUAAUCAAUCAAAUGAAACCUCUUUUUUAUAUUAACACAUUUAGGUACAUCUGCGUUUGUGCAGCUGCCCUAGACUAUAUGAAGGGGAGUACAGUGUGUCAAAAAACUAGCUACGUGAUGCUUAAAAACCCCAUCACACAGGCCUCAUGUACAGCCUCAACACACGUCCAACAUUGCUCUUAAUUAACCAACUAUUCCUUCCAAUAUAUAUACCUAUUUGAAUAUAUUAACUAUAGAAACACAAGUGUAAAACUCUGGGGUAUCUACUGAGUAUGUGCAGAAAUGAACACAAUGUAUAUUUCUUUUUUUCAUCUUUCCAUAUAUUAUUUUUUUGUUUCCUCCAGGCUGAUGCCUUCCCAGGGAAUGGAAGUAAGAGUUCUGAUGAUGGUGAAUGUUGAAACACUUUUGCAAUAUAUUUGUGCAGUUCAGUAAGUUGCUCCAGCCACUAUGUCAAAUGCAGAAAUGCAAAUCCGAAGCCCUUAUAGACACCUCCUAUUAUAUCAAUUGACUUCAUAUUUCGGUUAUAUCUUACACCCAGGAGGUUGGGCAUUGUGGGAAAUAUUUUCCACUUACGACGUAAUUGACUGCACAAUAAAUUUAUAUAUUAAUUGUAAUUCGUCCUCUGUUAAGCUUACAAGACUAGCAGCGAAUCAGUAAACUUUAAAGUAAUUAAUUAUGAGGAUUUACUUUUGUUAUUACAAUAUUUACUUAUUAUGAUAAUAUUAAGGGCUGAUGUAACAUUAGUGAUGCUAGGCGCCUCAACAUCAUCACGAGGAUUGUGCAACUGAAUUAUCACUGUUAAGACUCAUGCAUGAAUAGUACAACGGAGAUAUAUUCCAAAGCUUUACAUAUUAUUCCAGUUAAUAUACUUAAUCCGAUCGUGUGAUGAUUUGAAUUAAACAGCCCCUCUCACGAUUAAAUAAGUAUUAACUGGCACAAGAAUGAUGGAGGAGGACUGGCCAUAUUGCUUAUCGAAAGAGCAUGCAAUCAAUACGAGUCUCCACAGUGAAGCCCAAAUUUCUGCCACUACUCUGCUUAUCUCCCAUAAAGUUCAUUGACUUACUUUUGGGCAAUGUUUGUCUCCGUCUCAUGGUGUUGUUCCUUAAUAUUAUAUGAUGGCCAACUGUUGUAACUGGGUUUGCGAGAUGGUUAAGCAGCAGGAAAAAACAAAAUCUCAACUAAGAACCUUAGCUUAAUAUAGUCAUUGCAUACUGAGAAUUAAUAAAUAAUUACUAAAUUUG